CCGCCCAAAUGAGGUUUCUGAAUUCUAUUUCUGUCUGGUAAUCGCCGGCGCUGCUCUGGCUCCUUGGUUUUAACUCUGCUAGAGCUAGAUCUUCUCUUCUCCUUAUCGUAAUCGGAUUGGUAGAGCAAAAGACGAAGAGGAGGCCGAAAAAAGAGAUAAGCAAAACGCCGGCCUUUUCGCUCCGGAGGGCGUAUUGACGGCGAUGGUCGGAGCUAUCAUAGGGUGGCUUUUCGGCUUCUUCAUCCUCAUUGGCCUGCUUCUCCUUGUAAUUUAUCAGCUGGUGUCCUUGGCGGAUCUAGAGUUUGACUACAUUAACCCGUAUGAUUUAUCAUCACGGAUAAAUGCAGUGAUUUUACCUGAAUUUGUACUUCAAGGAACCUUAUGUUUGCUAUACCUUUUUUCGGGUCAAUGGAUGCUGUUUCUUUUUUCUGCUCCAAUGCUAAUCUACAAUGUGAGACUAUAUCAGCAGAAGAAACACCUAUUGGAUGUAACUGAGAUCUUUAACCAGCUCAAUGUCGAAAAGAAGCGUCGCCUUGUCAAACUCAUCUAUCUUGUUAUUCUUCUGUUUCUAUCUUUAUUUUGGAUGGUAUUGACAUUGUUAGACGAUGACUAGUUUCAAAUUCGCCACAAUCGGUUACACAGUGGGCACGCAAAUUGGUUUAUGGAGAUGGUUUCUACUUGCUAAGGUUAGAAGUUUUGCACCAUAAUUCCAAGUCAUCACCAAAGGGUAGAAAGUUGUUGUGUUCCUUAUGCCUUGUGAUUGGAUGCAUGGAUCAAUGUGGAAAUGGUUUAAGAAGAAGAGCUGUAUUCCUGCCAUGUAUUUUCACACUCUUUUAGGGGCUGUUGGGGAUCAUUGUUUUCUAUUUAUUAUUUUUAUUUUUGUU